AUGGCGGAGGGUGAUAACAUAUCUACUUUUAGCGUCGAUGGAGGCCAGGACACAGUUGGACUUCCUCGUAUUGUGAUGGUAACUGAGGGAUCAGACACUUCAGCCUCUUCACCAUCAUCAACAUCAUCAUCUGAGGAUAACUGGGCUGACUUGAUUAAAUCAUCAGAAAUACCUCCUGAAUAUUGGCAUAUUCAAAAAUUAGUCAAAUACAUGAAAGCCGGUAACCAAACUGCCACUAUGGUAGCUUUAUCUUGCCUUAAAGACCAUGAUCUUACUAUAGAGGUAAAUCAAAGAGCCAUACAGGAAAUUGGAGGCUUAGAACUUUUAGUGAAUUUACUAGAAACUAGAGAUCUGUGUUGCAUUUUGGGAGGUUUGGCAGUACUUAGAGAUAUAACACCGAAUAUCGAAAUUCGUAAGAAGGUAACAGACCUAGGUGCAAUUCCGUUACUGGUUGGCCUUCUAUCGGAUCCAGCAAGAGAUGUCCAAAUUUUAGCAGCAGAGACUAUCGCAAAUUUGGGAAGAAUUCGUAAGAGCAGAAAGUUUUGUAGAAAAUUUGGUGGUAUACCAAAAUUAAUAGAUUUAUUGGAUAUUAAAGAAAGAUGUCUUAUAACACAAAGGGCGGAAUUAAAUCAAGACGAGUUACAGUUUCUUGAUAUUGCGCGGGCUGGCGCUAAAGCUUUGUGGUCGAUGUCAUCAUCACAACGAAACCGCGAAGCAAUGAGAAAGUACGGUAUGAUUCCUCUCAUCGCUCGGAUACUCAAGACCAUUCACUUGGAUGUUGCAGUACCGGCUGUCGGACUUUUACAAUUGUGCGCUAAUGAAACCUCCUUCCAGCUCGCUAUACAGACCGAAAAGAUGGUUGAUGAUUUGAUAACACACUUAGCGAAUGAGGACAAGGACUUAAAGACUUACUGCAGUCUAGCCAUUUACAAAUGCGCCAGUGACGCCAUUACCAGAGAUAUGAUACGCGAAGCGGGAGGCCUUGAACUUUUAGUAGAAGCAGCUCAAGAUUCCACAAACAGGGCAAAUAAGCCACUUAUGGCUGCAGUUACUGGAGCACUCUGGAAAUGUGCCAACAGUGAUGCUAGUGUUAAAAAAUUAGACAACCUAGGAGCAGUACCAAUUCUGGUUAGACUGUUAGAUGAUGAGAAUGAUGGUGUUCUCACUAACGUAGCGGGAGCUCUAGCAGAAUGUGCGAAGUAUCCGCCUAAUCGAGAUAAAAUUCGGAUCGCUAGAGGAAUUCCUAUGCUUAUACAUCAUCUGAACAAUACCCAUAAGCCGUUACUAGAGAACGUACCACUGGUAUUAAUGGAAUGCGCCAGAGAACAAAACUGUAUGACAGAGAUCGACGAAUUGGAUGGCGUGAGACUUAUUUGGUCGCUCCUUAAAAAUGAUUCGAAGAAAGUUCAAACGAACGCUGCUCUCGCUUUGAGUCCAUGUGUCCAGAAUGCAGCUGAUUCUGGGGAAAUGGUCCGAUCUUUCGUCGGUGCCUUGGAGCUAACAGUGGAUUUAUUAGACUCUGAUGAUCACAAUGUUCUGUCUGCGGUCUGCGCUGCAAUUGCAACUAUCGCCCGCGAUCACGAAAACUUGGCUGUAAUCUCAGAUCACGGUGUCGUAGCGAAACUUUCGAAACUUGUGAGUACAACAGACGAUCACCUCAGAGCUAACCUUGGUGUCGCAAUUGCGUAUUGUUGCGACUGGGCUCAGAACCGUCAGGAGUUUGGUAAACGUGGUGCCAUCACGCCUCUCGUCAACUACAUGACAUCGAGAGACCCGAACGUCCACAGAGCGACCGCACUGGCGUUGUAUCACCUGUCCUUCUAUUCGAUCAACUGUGUUACAAUGCAUGCGGCCGGUGUAGUUCAGUUUUUGCUAGAAACGAUAGGUUCCAAGGAUCCCAUACUUCAAGAAGCGUCCGCUGGCUGUCUGUGUAAUAUACGAAAACUGGCGCUUGCUACCGAAAAAAUUAAAUUAAAACAAUAA